UAUUAGCUUCCUGAGUGCAGUGUGUGUGCAGCGGGCCAAGAACACGAUCUACCCAGCCAUGGAUUCCAUGGAUUAUGAAUAUGGCAGUAACUAUUCAAUUGAUGUCAACUACUCCCUGCCUGAGUUCCCUGACACUAUGACGCCUGAGAUGCAACCGAUCCAGAUCGCGGCUCUGGUCUUCUACAGCCUGGUGGUCCUGCUGGGUGUCCCUGGGAACGCUGUGGUGGUGUGGGUGACGGGCUUCUGCAUGCCCCGCUCCGUCACCUCCCUCUGGUUCCUCAACCUGGCGCUGGCGGACCUCCUGUGCUGCCUCUCGCUGCCCCUGCUCAUGGUGCCUCUGGCCCACGACGACCACUGGCACUUCGGAUCCCUGGCCUGCACGUUGGUGAAAGGCGUGUUUUACCUGGUGAUGCACUGCAGCGUCCUGCAGCUGGUUCUGAUCAGCGUGGACCGCUGGAUGCUGGUCAACAGACCUGUGUGGUGUCAGAACAAAAGGCGGCCCAAGCAGGCUGCUUUGGGCUGUGUGGCUGUUUGGGUCCUGGCCCUGAUCGGCAGCAUCCCCCAGUUUGUCUACACCAAGCAGAUCGAGGCGGGUGAGGAGAAGCGAGAGUGUGUCACGGUGUAUUCUCACCUCAGCUCCAGGCUCGUCAGCUCCUACCGCUUCCUGGCUGGAUUCCUGCUCCCUUUCCUAGUGAUCGUGGCCUGUCACCUGGUGGUUUACAGCCGGGCGGAGAGCGGGUUGUCUCGGGGUCGGACCCGGUCCAGGCGGACGCUGAGGGUCAUCGUGGUGGUGGUGCUGAGCUUCUUCCUGUGCUGGCUACCGCUGCACAUCCUGGAUUUCAUCGUGCUGAUGACCCCGCGUAACUCCCCUCACAGUCCCAACCUGUACCUGGCGCAGGUGUUAGUGCUGUGCCUGGCCUACUUCAACAGCUGCCUCAACCCGCUGCUCUACGUGUGCCUGGGCCGGGGGUUCAAAGACAGCAUGAACCGCUCGCUGCGCAACAUGCUGCACUUCGUCAGCGAGGACCCGGCGACCAGGAUGAGCAUCACCAACAACGACACCAAGAGCUCCUCCAAUGGGAAGGACACAACUAGGAUCUGAGGUUGUUUUCCCUUUGAUAUGUGGAUUUCUACUCUGACAAAGGUGUUUUAUACCCAUGACCAAGAGUAGGGGAGACUGGGGACGGUAGGAACCCUUUGUGCAUUUUUCUCAUUUUCUCAGAAUUGUUUUUGUCUAGAUUAAGAUCUGUCUUCUCGUUAGCCAUACAUUUUAAAGAUGAUUUCAUUACACAUUCACAUUAUUUUACAAUAAAUAGUUAACAGUAUUUAUUUGAAUGGAAGAAGUCAGAUGUGGACACUGACUGCUAAAUUCCCAAUCUUUACCUGGCCCAGGUGUCAGCACUUCCUCUCCAGUAAUUCCCAAGGUAUUGUCGUAUACCAAACAAGGACUUUUAUUUUGAAAGGACUUCUCAUUCCAUAAAUAAUUUGACCAUUUAGAAAAGUAUAAUUGCAACUACAAAAAAGAAAUUACAUUUCCAUAUUGAACUCUUUAUUUUCUCGUCUUGAUGAGAAUAUGAUUCUUUAAAAUGCUCCUGCUUUACAUUCAUGUUAUAGUGUUAUUUAUGCCGCUGCCUGAAACACACGGGUCAUCUCAGCGUGAGGAGCAGAAUUUAAAGAUGUGGAAACACCAACCCUGCAGUUUCUCUCAGCCAAUUUUGGAGAAGGAGUUUUGCUGAUGUCUAUACAUAUGUUGUAGUGCCUGCAUCACAAUUUGUAAUGAAGGAACUAUUUUUGCAAUCUGCAGUUUUUCCUGUUGAUGUUAUGCAAUAAAAACAGUUUGGUUUUUCGCUCCAA